GACAGUUUAUAAGCCAACCUCUCACAGCCACCCCAACCUAUCAAAGUAACACCUUCUUGCACAAGAGAAAACCACAUGUCCCUUCUCUCCAUUUCUUCCUCAACUAUAUAUUCUUCACCUUUACAAUUAAGUAACUAACAUAACUCUCUUCUCUUUUAUAAAUAAUUUAUACAAAAUUCAACACCUACCCAUCUAACAAAACUCAUUGGAAACCAUUUACAAUCCAUGUCAAUAAUUUUCCUAAUCUUCUUCUUAAUUACUUGUCAUUUUGUACGCUCUGAAUCCAUUUCUAGAGCUGAGUUUCCUGAAGGUUUUAUCUUUGGAACUGCCUCUUCUGCUUAUCAGGUACUGUUUUGUUUUGCUUUUCGGUUUUAUGUUUUGGACAAAAACUUUUAUGUACAAGAGAUGUUGUUGUAGUUUGAAGGAGCUGUAAAUGAAGGAAAUAAAGGAGUUAGCAUUUGGGACACUUUUACAAGGCAACCUGGGAGAAUACUGGACUUUAGUAAUGCAGAUACAACAGUUGACCAAUAUCAUAGGUUUAAGGAUGAUAUAGAUUUGAUGAAGGAUUUGGGAAUGGAUGCCUAUAGAUUCUCAAUAUCUUGGCCAAGAAUAUUUCCAAAAUUUAUCCUUGACAGAUGGAACAGGGGAACCCAAUUCAGAAGGAAUAGAAUACUACAACAGCCUCAUAGAUGCCUUAUUGGAAAAAGGAAUUCAGCCUUUCGUAACUCUCUAUCAUUGGGACCUUCCCCAAAUGCUUGAAGAUAAAUAUGAAGGAUGGUUGAGCAAGCAAGUAGUAAAGGACUUCGAACAUUAUGCUUUCACCUGCUUCCAAGCUUUUGGAGAUAGGGUUAAACACUGGAUUACUUUCAAUGAACCUCAUGGUUUUUCCAUCCAAGGUUAUGAUACAGGGAUCCAAGCUCCGGGAAGGUGUUCUGUUCUUGGUCAUCUUCUUUGUAAAACAGGAAAUUCAUCAGUUGAGCCUUAUGUUGUAGCUCAUAACAUCCUCUUGUCACAUGCUGCUGCUUAUCGCUCUUAUCAGUUAAAUUUCAAGGCAAAACAAGGAGGUCAGAUUGGAAUAGCAUUAGAUUCCAAGUGGUAUGAGCCAAUAUCAGAUGCUGACGAGGACAAAGAUGCGGCGCAUAGAGCAAUGGACUUCACAAUCGGAUGGUUCCUGGAUCCACUUUUCUUCGGCAAGUAUCCUCCUUCGAUGAAAAAGCUCGUGGGUGAAAGAUUACCUGAGAUUACUCCAAAGAUCUCCGAAUUCCUAAUGGGAUGCUUGGAUUUUAUUGGCAUUAAUCAUUACACAACAUUGUUUGCUCGAAAUGACAGGACCCAAAUUCGGAAACUAAUAUUGCAGGAUGCUUCAUCUGAUAGUGCCGUAAUUACCACGCCUCAUCGACACGGGGUAGCCAUCGGAGAACGAGCAGCUUCACGUUGGCUACGCAUUGUCCCCUGGGGCAUCCGUAAGUUGGUCAAUUAUGUGAAAGAUAAGUAUGGGAACCCACCAGUGAUUAUAACAGAAAACGGAAUGGACGAUCCAAAUACGCCAUUUACAUCUUUAAACAAGGCAUUACAGGAUCAUAAACGGAUAGAGUACCACAGGGACUAUCUGUCAAACCUGUCUGCAGCUAUAAGGCAGGAUAAGUGCGAUAUUCGAGGGUAUUUCGUUUGGUCUGUGCUAGACAACUGGGAAUGGAACUCAGGAUAUACUGUCCGAUUUGGACUAUAUUAUGUGGAUUACAAAAAUAAUCUUACAAGAAUACCAAAAGCUUCUGUUCAAUGGUUCAAAAGUAUACUCAGAUUAAACAGUGAUAUAUAA